UUCCCCAACACCCGUCCAUUUUUCUUCUCCAAAUACGAAAAUUUUCAAUCUCGACAUUAAAAAGGUGCAACUUGCUCCCGACGGCUUCAUCCGCGAUGUCUUGACGGUAAACGGUACAUUACCAGGCCCCACUAUAAGGAUUACUAAAGUCAUGGAUUCUUCCAGCGAGGCACAAAUUGGUAUGACGGCGUUCCGGGGGAGACGCAAUGUGGCAUACCUGCACACACAUGUUGGUAUUAUAACUUCAGUGUCCCAGAUCAGAGUGGGACAUAUUGGUAGUAAUCAUUCACACUUCAAAACACAAUACGUGGACGGUAUACUUGGUGCCUUCAUAGUCGAUGAUCCCGAUGAUCCAUAUCUCCAUGAAUAUGAUGAAGAUAUUGUUAUUGUAUUGCAAGACUAUUAUCACACCGAAGCUAGUGAACUUUUAUCUUACUACUUGUCUCCCGCAAGUCAGGGUAACGAACCUAUACCAGAUAAUGGAUUAAUUAAUGGUCUGGGAAGGUUUAAUUGUUCUCUAGCAUCUGAGGGAAGUAAAUGCGUAAACAAUUCGCCAUUAGCCAAGUUCACUUUCGAGAGCGGCAAAGUUUAUCGGUUGAGGAUCAUUAAUAGUAGCGCCUUCUCUGCAUUCUUUUUCUCAAUUGAUCAACACGAGCUUGAGGUGAUAGAAGCGGACGGAACCUACGUCAAACCCGCGAAAGUUCACCGUCUUUCCAUAAAUGUGGCACAACGUUAUUCCGUCUUGGUCCGGGCAAAUCAAAUUCCAUCAUCCUACUGGAUGAGAUCUGAAUUUCAUGAGGAUUGUUUCCCCGUGCCGGCCGAUAAUCUCACUAGCACUGUCAGAGCUAUUGUCACAUAUAAAGAUUAUCCCGAAACGCACGAACCAAUAACUUCUGAUUGGAAAGAUAAUUUAACACAAUGUGUCGAUUUAAAACCCAGUUUAUUAAGACCGCUCUGUCAGGAAAAAAUCCCAGCUCCGGGGAAAACAUUUAAAUUUGUAAUCACAUUUCAUAAUAACUCGGAGGGAGUCAAUAUGGCAUACAUUAAUAAUUCGACAUAUGAAAUUACACUGGACAGCCCCACCUUACAGGAAAUUUUUGAUGGAGAGACCAGAUUUCCUAAAAGUCAGAAUGCUUACUUUAUCAAGAAGGAAGAAGCAGUUGAUAUUUACUUAAUCACGGAAGGCAACGGCACUGAUGUUAAAACUUCUAAAUUUAACACCAAGGAUCCGUUAAAAAGAGACACAGCCACCGUACCUGCCGAGGGGUAA